AUGUCGCUGCAGGUUCAGAACGCCAACAAUGUCAAGAUUUACACCGUCUCGGGCUCAAAGGGCUCGCGCUCCAUACCCGACUGGCUCGCCAGGCGCAACAAGAAAGCCCUGAAGAACGACCUCGAGUGGAGACAUCGUAUUGAGCUGAUCCAGGACUUUGAGUUCCCAGAAGCAUCCCUCAAGAUCAGAACAACUCGCGAUGGAAAAUAUGUCAUGGCAACCGGUGUGUACAAGCCUCAGAUGAGGGUGUACGAGUACUCGGAAAUGUCGAUGAAGUUUGACCGCCACACAGACGCAGAGAACGUGGACUUUCAGAUCCUCUCGGACGACUGGACAAAGACAGUGCAUUUGCAAUCGGACCGCAGCAUCGAGUUCCAGGCACAGGGCGGCAUGCACUUCAAAACCAGGAUCCCAAAAUUCGGCCGCUCGCUCACCUACCACUACCCCUCGUGCGAUCUCCUCGUCACAGGAUCCUCUAACGAGAUUUACAGAAUCAACCUGGAGCAAGGACGGUUCUUGAACUCGCUCGUCACAGAUGUCGACCCUACUGGAGGCAACGGAGUCAACUGCGGAGAGAUCAAUCCAGCUCAUCUUCUCUAUGGAUGCGGAACAGAUGCAGGAACAGUUGAGUUUUGGGAUCUGCGUGUCCGCGGCAGGGUUGGUAUCUUGGCACCUUCUUUGCCCGAGUCGGUCCUUUCCAACUCGUUGAGCAUUUCGGCACUGAAGUUCAGGGAGGAUGGUUUGAGCAUGGCUGUCGGAACCUCGACCGGACAUGUUCUCAUGUACGAUCUCCGAAGCAACGUCCCCAUCUAUGUCAAGGAUCACCAGUAUGGAUUCCCUAUCAAGAGCUUGACCUUCCACGAGGGUACCCAGGGCGAGGAUGGACGUAGCAAGGUUGUCUCAGCAGAUUGCAAGAUUAUCAAGAUCUGGGAUCGGGAGAACGGCAAGAACUUUACCUCGAUCGAGCCUACUAACGAUAUUAACGAUGUCUGUGUGGUCGACAACUCGGGACUCAUGUUUGUCGCCAACGAGGGUAUCCAGAUGCAGAGUUACUAUAUCCCUUCCUUGGGACCAGCCCCCAAGUGGUCUUCGUUCCUCGACAACCUUACCGAGGAGCUGGAGGAGAACCCUGUCCAGAACAUUUACGACGACUACAAGUUUGUCACCCGCAAGGAGCUUUCCUCGCUGGCGUUGGAUCAUUUGGUUGGAAGCGCUGUUCUCAAGCCAUACAUGCACGGAUUCUUCAUUGACUUGCGUCUGUACGAAAAGGCCAAGGCGAUUGCCAACCCCUUUGCCUACACCGACUACCGCGAGCGGGAGGCGAAGGAGAAACUGGCCAAGGAGUCUGGCUCUCGUAUUCGUGCGACUAUGAAGUUGCCCAAGGUCAACAAGCUGCUGGCGACAAAGAUGAUGUUGGACGAGGCAAAGGCCCGUCGCAAGGCAGGAGGAUCGGAUGCACCCGUUCCCGAGGGUGGAGCACUCAAGGACAACCGUUUCGCAGAUCUGUUCACCAACCCCGACUUCCAGGUCGACGAGGGCACGAACGAGUUCAAGUUGCUCAACCCAGUGCAGUCGACCAAGAAGCCCAGCUACCGUAUUGUGGGCGACGACGAGAUCGAGGAGGCCAGCGAGGCGAGCAACAGCGAUGGAAGCGAUGUCGAUUCGGACGAGGAUCUUAUCCGUGUCAGCACCUACAAGUCUGGAAGCAACAACAAAAAGUCGGACCAGAUCACAUCUAUUCGUUCUGGUAUCAAGGAUCGCAAGCGUAUUCCCAAGAUGGAAGCCCUCAAGCAACAACAAAGCAACAGCUCAGCCCCAGUACUCAAGUCACAGGCUCAAAGAUCUUUUGCAGACCGUGUGUCCAAGGACCGGAACUCUGCCAACACUAUUUCGCGCUCGUCUUCGGGAGGCAUGGAGAUGACGUUCAAUGUCGGUGGUGGCGGACGUGGAGGCCGUGGAGGCCGUGGUGGUGCUCGUGGUGGUUCUCGUGGUGGUUCUCGUGGUGGCUCUCGUGGUGGUUCAUCAUCAUCAUCAAGGACUGGUGGCAGUGGCAGUGGUGGACCAGAACGGAGAGAGAGACGUUCUGCUGGACGCAACACCAUCCGCAACCUUUAA